ACUCCAACUCUUAUAACCACCAAUAAAGCAAGAAAAACCCUCUUGAGCACAUCCAAGAAAUAAAAAGACAUCACCACUUGCAUGUUCUUCGUCUCAACAGGGGAAACGCAUAAAUGUCGAGUAAAAUAGCGGCGGAGGUAGCUGCGGCUGCGGUGGUGGUGAGAGAGUACGAUGAAGAAACCGACAAGCGUGACGUGGAGGAGAUGGAACGUGAAUGUGAUGAGACCGGACCGCAUGGCAAACCGGCAAUGGUCUCCGAUCUAUUAGGAGAUCCGCUUCGUCGCGUCCGUCAUUUUCCCUCUCACACUAUGCUGGUUGCAGAGUAUGGAGACGGAAGAAAGAUGGUGGGAGUUGUAAGAGGAUGUAUUAAAACUGUGACUAGAGGAAAGUCAAUCUAUGUUAAACUCGCUUAUGUUCUUGGUCUUCGAGUUUCACCUUCCCAUCGGAACUUAGGCAUAGGAACAAAACUGGUGCAAACACUUGAAGAAUGGUUUAAACAACAAGGCGCAACAUACGCGUACAUGGCCACUGAUUGUACCAACGAGUCUUCCAUUAACUUGUUCACCAAGAAAUGUUCCUAUGUCAAAUUCCGUACACCGACAAUGUUGGUUCAACCGGUUCACGCCCAUUUCAAACCAAUCGGUUCAGAUAUCGCAAUCCUCCGGUUAACUACCAAGACCGCUGAAUCAAUCUACACCCGAGUUUUCAAAGACUCAGAAUUCUUCCCUCGUGAUAUCGACGCGAUUCUAAACAGCCGCAACAGUUUAGGAACGUUUAUAGCGUUACCAAAGGAAAAACAUGGUCCCAAAACAAACCGUUUAGACCGCGAUUUCCCAACGGAUUAUGCGAUACUAAGUGUAUGGAGCACCAAAGAUGUGUUCAGGCUGCAAAUGAAAGGAGUUUCCCGGUUAACUCACGCGUGCUGCUCCGGUUCGAGAUUACUUGAUUCUUGUAUGCCGUGGAUGAAACUACCCUCCUUCCCUAACGUGUUCAACAAGUUUUGGGUUUAUUUUAUGUACGGUAUGCACAUGGAAGGCAGAGACGGUCCACGGCUCAUGAAAAGUUUAUGCGCUUUUGUUCAUAACAUUGGGAGACACGACGGAGGAUGUGGAGCUGUUGCGACGGAGAUUAGUCCUUCGGACCCGGUGGCUUCGGCGGUUCCUCACUGGAAACGGCUUUCGUGGGCUCAAGAUCUUUGGUGCCUCAAGAAACUAUCAGAUGAACCUGAAAUGCUAGAUUGGAGUAGCUCAACAACUUCUUCCUCGGUGAUUUUUGUUGAUCCUCGUGAUAUCUAACGAAUACUCGAAAUAGGAUUUGUACAUAAAGUUGAUAAAAGAAAAAAAAAACUUCAUGUGACAUUUAUUAAAAAAAAAACUUCAUGUGACACUUUAUAGGUAAAACUCUGUUCUCAUCGAUUCA